CUAGAUUUCGCGAUGCCAACCAAGCAGCGACCGUUGUCUGCGGGCUGUAGCCGCCCUAGCAGCACGCGUGGCCAAGGCUCGCCUCGUGAGCGCCGCCUCUCGUCCGUCGCAUACGCGUCGGCGUGGCCCACGACCUUCCACGAAGGCGUCACUGUCCGCGCGAACUCGCCCGACUUUCGCACGCUCCUUCACCGGUCACCGGUCCUUCCCACUGAGUCGUCGCCCCUGCUACUCUCGCCGAGGGAAGUUGGCGACUGCAGUAGCUUUUGGGGCGCGACACUCAACGUCAUCAAUGUGCUCAUGGGUGUCGGCGUGCUCUCGCUGCCCUACUCGUUGCGGGUUGCGGGGCUCAUGCUCGGUCUGGGUCUUUUGAUUGGCAUGGGUCUCGUUGCGAAUCUGACAGGCCACCUUCUUGGCGCGUGCUUGGCGUCGGACGCCCGCCUUCGAUCGUACCCGGACGUUGUCAAUGCUGCAUUUGGCCUCUGGGGUCGUCGCGUCGCGUCCAUUGUCUGCUUUAUCGAGCUCUUCAUUGCGUGCACGAUGUUUCUCAUUCUCGUCACCGACAGCUUGCACAUGUUGUUUCCGUCCAUGGCGCCGUCGGCGCUGUUGGCGAUCGUCUUUGCGUGCAUUCUUCCGUCGACGUGGCUGCCCAACUUGGCGAUUCUCUCGAGCGCGAGCCUCCUCGGCGUGCUCUCUUCGCUUGCGCUGCUCCUCCUCCUGCUCAACGUGGGACUUACGACGCCGCAUGGCGAGCUCGGCAGCAUCUACCGCGACGCGCCGACGCGCUGGGUCGCCGACGACGACGCGUGGGCGCUCAGCAUUGGGCUCACGCUGGUGGGCUUUGCUGGCCACGCGGUCUUCCCGUCCAUCUACUCGACGAUGGACGACCCGGCGCAGUACAGCAGCGUUCUCCACGUCGCGUACACUGUGAUUGGCGCCGUGUACGCUGCUUUGGCCGUCGCGGGCUACGUCAUGUAUGGCGACGCCACCGAGAAAGAGAUUACGCUGAGUCUGUUGGCGCACAACCCGGGCUGGGCUGCGAACGCCGUCAUGUGGAUGAUCGUACUGAACCCGUGCACCAAGUUUGCCAUUGUGCUGCACCCGAUCGCUCUCUCGCUCGAAGAGCUUCUCGCGCCGCUGACGCAUGCGGCGUCGCCUCGGACGCGGUAUCUGCAGCGCUGCUUUCUUCGUACGGCGUUGGCGCUGUGCAUCUUUGCGACCGCGCUGCUGGUCCCGAACUUUGUCCAGAUGACGUCGCUCCUCGGGGCCGUGUUUGCAAUGGCCGUCGUCGUCGUCAUUCCGUGCGCCUGCUACCUCAAGCUCUUCUACGCCACGCUGCACUGGAGCUCGGUGCUAGGUCUUGUAAGCCUCGUCGCCAUCAGCUGCGCGCUCGGAUGCGUCGGCGCCAUGGCGGCUGGACGUCACCCGACCACGGGCUAAGCUCGCCUUGCGUCGACUCGCGUGGAUAUUCGGU